GCAAGGCCACAACACCUACUUGUCGUAUGAAAUCAAGCCUACCACCUCUCAGUUCUCUUUUGCCAAUAGUAAUGCCUCUCUCGCCUGUGAUCCGUUGGGCAUCUACCACUUGCCACUGGAUACUUCCAGAAGCUCGCGCCUUGUGUUGGAUCUUGAGGUCAUGGCAGAGCACAUGUACAAUGUUGAGUUCCAAGUUCAGCGUGUCAGCUUCUUCACUCAGCAUGUUCACUAUGAUUACAGCGAUCAUGCGCAAGAAGAACCUGCGCAAGAGUCUGGACUUGCUCACCAGCAAGAUGAGAUUUCUGCCAAUCCUCAGCCUUCUGAAGAAGCACUUGUUACAGAGGAUAAAUGGGUACUCAAUGUCAAGCCUGGAGGUUUCGAACGCCGGACCAACGUCCGGGUAUCGAUCUCAGUAGGCAAUCGCCGCGGUGACGUUCCAGACUCUGUCCGUGAGCCCUCGUCCUCCAGUCGCAAGCCGCCUUCAGGAGGCUCACCCAACGAUGAGGUACCUGGCAAAAAUCCGUUGCCUGGCGGGUCGUUCAACGACGAGGAACCUGGACCUUCACAGCGUCAAGAGCAAAAAAAGAAGCGUGAGGACAAUCCAGUAGCUAAGGAAGACACGUCCCUAGAACCUAGGUGGGUAGAGCUUCCUUUGCCUGGUCAAGAGCUUAGUGCUGCUUCACCUAGAAUGCGUGCGUCGGAAUUUGGUGACGUUAUUUUCGUGGACCACCAAGAAAUUCAGUUUCGUACCGCGAAAUACGUUGUUCUUUUGGUUCUUGAUGGCGCUACAAAUCUCCUGUGGGCUACGGCUCAGAAAACCUUGUUACCGGAGGAAACGAUUUCCGCUCUCCGACUGUGGAUCGAGGAGAACAACCGUGUUCCGAAAAGAGUUGUUGGCGAUACUGCGUUUUUCACGCCUGACUUUGAAAAGUUCUACAAAUACCAUAACAUUGCUCAGUAUCCGUGCGGUCCAAGGACGCCUUGGCCUAACCGUGCGGAAACCGCUGUUCGUUUGUUCAAGAAGACGUGGGCGUUGUUUGUUAAGUCUCUUGGUGAAGAAGGUAUGUUUGAAAAGAUCACGCUUAGUCAAGCCGUGAAACGAAUCGUUUUCGUCCGUAAUUGCCAGCUUACAGUGUCCGGCUACUCUCCUUUAGAAGUAGCUACAGGUAGAAGACCUCCAGACCUCUUAGAUAUGGAGACCUCUAAUCCUGAGCAACUCUCCUUAGAAGGACUUCCUGAGGACAGGACAGCGACGCAGCUGAGGACCAUAGCCAUGAAGGCUCAUCUGGAAGCGCGCCAGUCCACAGACCUCAAGAAGGACCUGGCUAAGCGAGUUAUGCCUUCAGAUGGCCCUUACACUAAGGGGGAGAAGGUCAGAAGGGAUCACGAUGAAUGGCAUGAUGUUCAGAUUCCUCAUUUGGAAGG